GCACCUCUUGCAGGCUGCUGUGGAUCGCCCCAAGCUGAAGCAGCAAGGCGGCCACCCCACGGAGAGGACGGCGGCAGCCAGUUAGCACAAACAACACAUCGGAGCCUCUCCCAGUGUCUCGUACUCGCUGUAAUCUCGCCAAGAUGUCAGCUUUCUCUGAGGCGGCUUUAGAAAAGAAACUCUCCGAGCUUAGCAACUCACAGCAAAGUGUGCAGACGUUGUCGUUGUGGCUCAUUCAUCACAGAAAACACUCGAGGACCAUUGUCAGUGUUUGGUUCAACGAACUGAAAAAAGACAGCAGAGUUAAUCCGAGCUCUGCAGGAGCUUGAAAAUGCAGCCUCUGGCGACUCAGUGCUGCGUCAGCGCAUCUCCUCCCUUCCUGCUGAGGUGCAAGACACAUCACUGCUUCACAGGAUCACAGAUAAAGAAUCAGGGGAGCGGCUUUCCCGGCUGGUGGAGGAGGCGUGUAUGCUGCUAGCAGACUACAGCGGCCGCUUGGCGGCAGAGAUUGACGAUAGGAGGCAGCUCACACGCACACUAACGGUCUUCCUGCAAAGUCAAAAGGACGGCCUGGCCCAGAACGAGCAGAAACUCGAAGAAUACAAACGCAAACUAGCGAGGGUGACCCAGGUCCGGAAAGAGCUGCGUUCACGUCUGAACAAUCUUCCAGGAGGACUCUACAACUCUUCAAACUGACUGAACCUCCGGACUGGAUACCUUCGCCUCCUGCUACUGAAACAUCUCAACCUGUCUCUUAGAUAUCUGAUCAGUGACAUUGCCGUAGUCCUCUGUUCUUACUACUGGAGCAGUGUCUGUGCCCCCUCCCCAUAUGGUGACCUGUGGUUCUCAUUCUGUUUUCAACAGAUUAUUUAUCCACAUGUUUUUUUUAUUAACAGAUUUGUCUUCUUUUUCUUGUCUGUGAGCUCAUCUCAUUGUAUAUUAAGACUCGUAAUCAUCAGACACAGGCCUCUCAUGCUUUGGCCCCUGCCCAGAUAACUUUUACAGCUUUAAAGUGUUAUGGGUGAUGCUGGUGUGAUAUUUUUUUAUUUAUAGUGACUUAAGAUAAUGCACCAGAGUACAUCCCCUUAGUGUGAUCAUUCAUAACAAUUUUCUGUAUUUUGGUUCAUAACUUUAUUUUAUUAUUUCUGUAAAUGCAUCUGUCUAAUUCUUGGUUAUAUAGCUCUUUGCAGCAGUUCUUAAAAGCUGAAUUGUUGUUUUCAUGUAGUGUGAUAAUGGCCUCUGAAGAGAACUGGUAUUCUGAAUCUGAGUAGUAAGCCCAUGAAAGCAAAUCAAAACACUUAUUUAUCAUUUACAUAAGGUUUCUUCGUGAGAGUGGGCUUGUAAAUCAUUGUUCAGUGUACAUAUUCAAAUUUGCAUGUAAAUAUGAUGAGAGUUAGACCCGUAAGUGCUUAUGAUUUGUAUCUGUGUCAACAUGGCUUGCAAAAUGGUCAUUCAGACAAAUUCCUGGGGUAUAUCUGUACAUCGACACCUCCACUGUACUGAAAUAAUGAGCGAAGGAGUCUGUUCUCUUGUUUACUGUAUCAUACUGCUUCACAGAUGUAUCCUUAAGUCUACUGAAUGCUGUGCAGAUGCCUCACACAGCCUCAUAGUUGCCCCAGUUUCCAAAGCCAGACUUUUAUUUGUUUGUUUGUUUUUGUACAUAUGAUGCAAAUUCUUCUUAGAACCAAAUAAACAGAAAACGUACAAA